UGCAGUUGAACUUCCCAACGUUAACUUCACGCAACUCUCGCGGACUGGAGGUUACCAAAAAAUUACUUCUCGGAUAUCGUGUUCAACUUCGAUUAUUUGAUGGAGGAUGGUUCGCGAUGAAAAACUCAGAUUGAGGGUGGGUGAACUAAAGUUUUUGUCUUAUAAGUUAUCAAGACUCUAAGAACUAGUAUUUGGUGAUUGUUUAGCUGAAAAAUUGAAGCAUGAUGUUAUUGCUGUCCAAACUCGUUGACUAAACUGUAGAAGAAGAAUAAGAUUUCAAGAAUAACAUCCGCCUUUCUGCUGAAAGCGAAGCAAUCAUGUCAGGGCAACAGGAAGGCAUCAACAAAGUGGCCUCGACAGGGAACGCGAAUCAUCACAACAAAAGGCCUCCCGUUGUACUCAUAUAUCCCACAGUCUCUCCAGAAACGGUGGUGGUCCCCAUCAUAUCCUGCAUCUUUGGCUUCCCUCUGCUGGCCCUGCUAGUCAUCUGCUGCCUACGAAGAAGAGCCAAGUUGGCCAGAGAGCAAGCAAGAAGGCGCAACUGCGACAUAGAACACGGUACUUUCUCUAUUGUCAGAUUCAGCCCAAUACACUAUCUAGGUCGAUCUUCCCGAGCAGUCUCUUUCCGAUCGGAACGAGGAAUGAGUAGAGGCUUUCCCUCGCUGGAACUGGACACUGUUGUCGAAGAAAGAUCCGACCCAGAACCGGAACAAACUGUUGUGGAGAUGAUGACUCCAGAUGGCGACACCGAAAACUGUGGUAGCGGUAGAUAGCAUCAAGUGAAAGACCUGUGCGCUGACAG